UGCCACCUGUCAGUGUCCAUCAAUGCCACCUCCCAGUGCCCAUCAGUGCCACAUCAAUGCCACAUAUCACUGCCUUUCAGUGCCACCUAUCAAUGCCAGUCAGUGCCGCCUAUCAGUGCCAGUCAGUGCUGCCUAACAAUGCCAGUCAGUGCCGCCUAGCAGUGCCAGUCAGUGCCGACUAUCAGUGCCAUAUAUGAGUUUUGCCUUUCAGUGCCCAUCAGUGAUGCCUAUCAUUGCCACCUACCAGAGCCUUCCCAUCAGUGUCCAUCAGUGCUGCCUAUCAGUGCCCAUCACUGCAGCCUCAUUAG